AUGGGCAAGAAGAACAAGAAGCCUCUCAAGGCCAAAGCCUCGAAGCUCUUCAAGGGGCAAGGCGACUCCCCUGACACGCCUCCGCAUCCUCCUGCACAGUUCUCUGAGCGCGAGACUCAAUUUGAAUCGCAAGUCAAGGCGCCAGUCAAGUCCUCGACGGAAGAUGAGUUUGACACAUUUGCGACUGAGUCCGACACGGAGGACAACGUCACUUCCAACAUCAGCGUCGGCAAGGCGUCGCCCAAGGGCAAAAUGAAGAAGAAAUCUUCCCUCUUCCUCCGUCUGCGUUCCAACACCGCCUCCGGUUCUGGUUCUGCUCCCCCACUUCCUCCGCCUCCCGUUCCACCGUUCCCCUUCCCCAUCUCGGCCCCGAUCCUUCAAGACAACAAGCCCAAGGUCCCUCCACCUCGUCCUCCUCGUCCGACGGACCCUCGUCAACUCCCUUUCUGCAUUGGCGUCGAGACUUCCGAUGGCGGCUUCGCCCCUCUCAAUCGCUAUGUGACUCCCCCUUCUCACAACAGCCCAGGCGGUCAGCCGGUCCCCGGCAGCCCUAGUCCCUUCCAGCUGUCCAUCUCGUCCAUCCCUACGACUCCGAUCUUGCAGCCCGAUCAGAUGGCCCAACUCCCAGGCACUGUCACCCCAAGCGCUACCAUGCCCGAGCCCUUGUCCGCUCUGCAGAACUACCGCACCAGCGCCGGCAGUACGAUGUCUGGAUCCACCGCACCGGGGGACCACGAAGACUUCAGCGGCGCCGGCAAAGGCAAAUCCGCCAUUCGCUCCCCUCCCGUCUCCAUGUACGCCGCUGGCAACCUCCGAGACCGACUCGACGCCCGACGCGCCCUCACUGCCGGACUCCCCGCCGACUUCGGCAAGAAGGGUAAGAUGGACACCGAGAUGGAGGCAUCUGGAUCGCAGAACAAUGCCGUUUUCUAUGAGCAUGCUAACAGUCUUUCUGCCCUAGCCGCGAACAAUAUCCCUCCGCAGGGAGGUCAGUACCCGUUCAGCUGGCAGCUUCCCAACAUGGAGCGGGUUGUGCCUCCCGGUUCGGGCGGUCCAGAGUUCCAUUUCGUGCAGCAGAAGGGGGCAGUUGGAGGUGCUGGGGAUGGGAGGAGGGGCUCCGGGGGAUCUGCUGGGGGUGCUGCUCCGCCGGGUACCCUCUGGAAGGACGAGAAGGGGUUCCUGCACUUUGUGCCUGAUAUUUGA